GAAAAAAAUGGGGUUCUUCAAACCCUAAUUCGUCUUCUUCUCAAACUUUGGGCAAAACUUCGAGCUUGGCAGAGAAAUCGAAGCUCGAGGAGUAGAAGUGGAAGGGGUGUGAGGUGUUAGGAACUCAGGAAGAUGUUUAAAAAUACAUUUCAAUCUGGAUUUUUGUCCAUCUUAUACAGUCUUGGGAGCAAGCCUUUGCAGAUAUGGGAUAAAGAAGUGUUAAUGGGUCAUAUUAAACGGCUGCCAGAUGAAGAUAUCCAGUCAAGUGUACUCGAAAUAAUUGGACCAAAUGUGCAGUCAACUUAUAUUACUUGCCCUGCUGAUCCUGCUGCAACACUAGGGAUAAAACUUCCAUUUCUGGUCAUGAUUGUGAAGAAUCUGAAGAAAUACUUCACUUUCGAGAUUCAUAUAUUGGAUGAUAAAAAUGUUCGUCGGCGUUUUAGAGCAUCAAAUUUUCAAUCUGUAACACGGGUUAAGCCAUUUAUCUGCACAAUGCCUCUUAAGUUGGAUGAUGGAUGGAAUAAUAUCCAGUUAAAUCUUGCUGAUUACACAAGAAGAGCAUAUGGGACAAACUAUGUUGAGACCCUGCGAGUGACAGUUCAUGCAAACUGUCGGCUUAGAAGAAUCUUCUUUUCUGAUCGUCUAUACUCUGAGGAAGAGCUUCCACCUGAAUUCAAACUCUACCUUCCAAUGCAGAAAGCGUAAGGCAAAACUCUCGGGAUUGAAGGUUGAGCUGUGGUAGUAUCAAAUGGGGAUAUUAAGCAUUUCUUCAUAAUUAAAACCGGUUAUCCCGCCGUGUGGUGAUAUAUCGUAAAUCACUGAAACCUUCUUUCACGUAUCUUAUGAUUUUGGUUUGUAGAGUUGGUAUAUUUGUGAUUGUCAUGCCACUUGGAACAACAUAUUCUGUAUUGUUUGGAAUUGAAACCUAAACCUUACAUGCUUAAUUGGCUGAUUGAUCCUUCAAAUUGGACAA